AUGGCCUGGACAAGCAAGUUUCCUCGGCCGAGGCUGUCGCUUGUGCUCCUUCUGGGAAUCGCUACAGCAGUAUAUGCCGAGUCACGUCUGAAGUCCAACCUCAACCUCAGCCUCUCCGAUCUGUCUCCGGAACAGAUCGAGAAUGGCAUACAGGAUUGCCACUUCGUGCAGGCACUCAACGAGGUCAAGACCAAGUCCGCCCCUGAGUCGGCAUCUCUGACCACACGCAUGUUCGCUGUGCUCUUUCCCUCUUCUUCACCCGCCAUCAAUGCUCUUCUUGCUACUGCAUACAUUUCCGGGCCCCCGAACUUCCUCCUCGCGCUAUGUCCACCGAAUAUCGAUCCCUCAUCCCUCACCAUCAUGGUGGCUUUCGCUGUGGGAGGCCUGCUAGGUGAUACACUUUUCCACCUACUGCCCGAGAUCUUCUUGGGCGAAGAUAAGCCAGACAAGGUCUCGUUCGUCAUGCUCGAGCCCAACCGCAAUCUACUACUCGGAGUGGCUAUUUUGGUCGGAAUCGUCACCUUCAUGGCGAUGGACAAGAUCUUGCGGAUCGCGACAGGAGGUGCCGGACACUCUCACGAUCAUGACACCAAGGACCAUAGCAAUGGGUCCGCCGUCUCCACUGCGACACCGUCCAAGAAACAGAAAGAGAAGGAUCUCCGCAAAAGAAAGAACUCUCCGGCCCCUUCUUCGCAACCGCCCACCAUCACACCGUCUCAGAAUCCCUCAGUCAAGCUUGCCGGGCUGCUGAAUCUUAUCGCAGAUUUCACUCACAACAUCACCGAUGGUCUCGCACUAUCCUCUAGCUUCUACGCCUCUCCCGCUCUCGGUGCGACCACCACCAUGGCAGUUUUCUUCCACGAAAUCCCACACGAGGUGGGCGACUUUGCUCUGCUGAUCCAGUCUGGCUUCUCCAAGCGCAAAGCGAUGGGAGCGCAGUUCAUCACUGCGAUUGGUGCUUUCCUCGGCACUUGCAUUGGCAUUUUCGUGCAGGAGUUCGGGCGAAGGCCUGGUCAGGGUGAAGAUAUGCCCAUCGGACGAAAUGGCAUCUGGGGCACGAGCUUGCAGUGGGGCGACAUGCUCUUACCGUUUACUGCUGGUACGUUCCUCUACGUGGGCACCGUUGCCGUGAUUCCAGAGCUCUUGGAAACGGGUAGCAACAAGAGCGAGGAGAUUCGCAAAACUCUGCUGCAAUUCGGAGCCAUGUUCAUCGGCGCGGCCAUCAUGUUGGGCAUCAGCUGGUCGUGA